CAUGCAUGAAGUAAUAAUGAAAAGGCAAAGAUUAUGCUCUAUAACAUCCCUACGGCAAAAGGUCACAAGUUCUAAAAAUGAUCGGGUCAGUGAUGCUCAGACAGACAGUGGAGCACUUGGAUGAAGGCUUCGUCGCAGUGUGCAGCGUUCAUUCCCGACGCGUCUGUCUACAUCUGAACCCCCUGGACGAAAGGGGACUAUAUAACUUACAACGGAAGACUUUAUCUGAUAUGGAAACGCGUGCCGUGCUGCAUUAAUUAAAGAAGGGGACAUUUUAGUGAUGCCAACAUCCAGAGAGCAUCUGUGUUGUAGUUCGUACCAGCGCGUGUGGUGAAGUUGGAUUUGCGGAUCGCUUAUUGUAUCGAGCUUGAAACACAAUCCGAGCCGUUCUGACACCGCGGAUGUUUCGGUGUUGUGUAUGGAUGUGAAGACAUUCUCUUUACAUCGAGCGAUGCGUUUCUGUCGUCUCUGACAUUUUACGGGGAUGUAUGCAAAUAUCAUCGCGCUUGUUUUUAUGUACAUUUCGCUGAUUCGACUGGAGAUGAAUUGACGGUACUCGCGCCUUAUUGUAGUGAAGAUCCUGAGGAGUUCGGAGGAAUAAAUGCUUAUAUUGCCAGAAUAAUCUGUAACCGUUUGUAUUUUUGGAGCUGAGUUAUUUACUGUUUUUUUUUUUAUAGCUAGUUUGAGGAGCCAAACUGUGCGUCAUGUGGUGAUAUAUAACUUUACAGGCUUUAUUCAAGUCAGAAAUAUGAUUUAUUAUGACUGAAUCAAUCUGAAUACACCUUACAUCAAACGAACGGGUUAAAUCGAGUAGAAAUAGGACCCAUUUAACUUUAAAUUGCACAAACUUGCAAAAUAACCAUCAUGAAGAUGUUGCAUGGGUCGUUGUAACUGCUUUUAGCAUCUAUAUAGUGUCACUAGGUCCAUCUAUGCACCUCCUCAUAAAGAUCAGCUGAGCAUCUAAGGGCUUGAAGUUCUUCCAUCCUUCUAAAUAUUACUUCAUUCAAAUAUACUUCAUUCAAAGAGCUUUUAAACUUCAAGAAACAUGGAUAUUAAAACAGAGUCUGAAGACAAUCUGGACUGCGACCAGCCCGCGCCCAUUGAAGUUUUUGCCAGCAGGUCCACGCUCCAUGGCAUCUCGCACAUGUUCAGUUAUGAACGCCAGUGCAUCAAACGAUGCAUCUGGAUAAUGUUUUUCAUGGGUUCGUUUUCGUUCCUGGUGCUUGUUUCCGUGGACCGCAUCAAGUUUUACUUCCAGUACCCCCAUGUCACCAAGCUGGACGAGGUCACGGCACCAAUGAUGGCGUUUCCCGCCAUUACCUUCUGCAACCUGAACUCUUUCCGCUUCGGCCGCGUGACGCGCAACGACCUGUACCACGCGGGCGAGCUGCUCGCGCUGUUAAACGGCAGGUAUGAGAUCCGGGAUACACACAUGGUGGAGGAGAGCGUUAUGAUGACCCUGAAGGAUAAGGCGGACUUCUCCAGCUUCAAGCCCCGCCCCUUCAACAUGCGCGAGUUCUACGAUCGAGUGGGCCACGACAUUAAGGAAAUGCUGCUGUCCUGCUACUUCAGAGGAGUUGAAUGCAGCGCCGAAGACUUCUCAGUGAUCUUCACACGCUAUGGAAAAUGCUACACCUUCAAUUCUGGACAGGACGGGCGGCCACUGCUGAUCACCAUGAAGGGAGGGAUGGGAAAUGGGCUGGAGCUGAUGCUGGAUAUCCAGCAGGACGAGUAUCUGCCUGUGUGGGGAGAGACUGAUGAGACGUCUUUCGAGGCGGGAAUCAAAGUCCAGAUCCACACGCAGGAUGAACCGCCUUUCAUCGAUCAGCUGGGAUUCGGAGUGGCUCCAGGCUUCCAGACGUUCGUCUCCUGCCAAGAACAGCGGCUGACAUAUCUUCCUCCUCCAUGGGGUGACUGUAAGGCAACAGCAAUGGACUCUGAUUUUUUCAGCACAUACAGUAUCACUGCCUGCCGCAUCGACUGCGAGACACGCUAUCUGGUGGAGAAUUGCAACUGCCGCAUGGUGCACAUGCCUGGAGACGCUCCAUAUUGCACUCCGGAACAGUACAAGGAAUGUGCAGAUCCUGCUCUAGAUUUUCUGGUGGAGAGAGACAAUGACUACUGCGUUUGCGAAACGCCCUGCAACAUGACGCGCUACGGCAAAGAGCUGUCCUUCGUCAAGAUCCCCAGCAAAGCCUCUGCCAAAUACCUGGCCAAGAAGUUCAACAAGACGGAGCAGUACAUCGCAGAAAACAUCCUGGUGCUGGACAUCUUCUUCGAGGCCCUCAACUACGAGACCAUCGAGCAGAAGAAAGCCUACGAGAUAGCCGGCCUUCUUGGUGACAUUGGCGGACAGAUGGGCCUGUUCAUCGGGGCCAGUAUCUUAACCAUCCUGGAGCUCUUUGACUAUCUGUAUGAGGUGAUCAAGUUCAAACUCUGUCGCUGUUCCAAGAAGAAACACCAGCGGAGUAGCAACAACGAGCGAGGAGCCGUUCUCAGCCUGGAUGACGUGAAGCAUCACGCGCCCUGUGAAAACCUUGGUACCCCUUCAACCUACCCAGCCAACAUGCUACCUCACCAUCCUGGCCAGGGCAACUUCGAAGACUUCACCUGUUGAGUGUAAAGUAAGAGCCUGACAGAGAACAACCAAAGCUGACCACAUCAGUACGGGCCCCAUUCACAACCGGACAAUACAGAACAACCUUCUGGAUCUGCUACACACUAGAAAACUACCAUGUCUUGAGAUAUAUCCAGACGUCAAGAGGAAUGGUACUGAUCAACAAAGUAUAUUUUCACUAAAAUGUUCCAUGGAAAACUUUUGAUGAACAUUUCAAGGAAAUACUGCCUCAAAAACAAAACUCCUUGAAGUCUAAGAAAUUACACAUUACGUGACCUGGACAUCGAAUAGCUUUCUGCAGCUGGACCCUGAUGCCUUUUGUGUACAUAGUGAUGGCUCUAAACUGUCUUAAGACCAGUGGCUUACGUAGGUCAGUAGAUAUAGCGCUUAUUCACUGUAUGUAGCCUCAUUUGUCCCAUCUGCUGGAUCGAUUCAGCCUCAGUGUAUCUCACGAGAAUGUAACUUCCCGAAAAAGGUGGCCAUUACAAGCGUUAAAAGGGGGGUUUUGGGACGCUGGAGGGUUGAGGUCCCAUAUGACAUUGUGUUACAGGUCUCAUCUUGUAAAUGCAUGCUGGUCGUCUUGUGCAUGUUUUUAGUUUUAUUUAGAUUUCAUUAUUACUAUCGCCAAGUUUGCCUCAAUUAUAUACAAGUGUUGGAAGAUGGUGUAAAGUUUGUUUUCGUGUGCAGGUUUUACUGUUCUUGUGAAGAUACAAUUUCUCAAUGACCCCAGAAUAAUAGCAAGCUGACAAAACUAGAGAGAACAUCAAGGAUACAACAGUUCAAAAAGAAACUAAUCAAUGUAUAAAUCCAUAUCUAAAAAUGCCAAAACGUUUUAUUUUAAAGGGUUAGUUCACCCAAAAAUGAAAA